AACGUAGUAAAGUUAGCUCUAGGAUUACCUUAGCAGAGUUAAAAGAAAGGCAAUUAUUAGAAAUGAGGGACUUGAAAGAUAGACAGAGGAAACAACUACUGUGCUUUCAGAGAGAGUUUGGGUCGUUAAGGCUGAACAAAAGCACGUGUAGCAAAUUAUCUUCUGUUUCUAACUGUGAUGACAGAGAAAAGGAGCACGUUCACAGGUUCGUAAGUCCUCCUCAUGACCUUAGGAUAAAGUCUCUAGAAAAGUCAAAACGGUUAGAUUAUCCAGGAACGAAGGAGAAAGUGACCUUGGAAUCUCUAAGUGUAGGUCAUGAACUUCCAACAGUAGAGCACGAUGCCUACUUCGAUGAAAGUUAUAAUAUUGUUCCUUUACCUAGAGGAGUGGCUGAGGAAGACAUUGCUACCCCUGUUAUUGGCAAUGAGUCUGGUAUGUGUAAAGCUGGCUUCACCAAAAAUGAUGCUCCCAUAGCCGUAUUGCUCUCUAUUGUUGGAAGAACUAGACAUCAAGUGACUGUGGAAAUGGAUGGAAAGGACAGUCAUGUGGGAGACGAUGCUCGACCGAAACGUGUUAUCCUGACACUGAAGUACCGAAUUGAACAUGGUAUUGCGACUAAGUGGGGUGAUAUGGAGAAGAUGUGGUACCACACAUUCUACAAAGGGUUGCGAGUGGUAACAGAGAAACAUCCGGGGUUGUUGAGAGCAGUUUCAUUGAACCCGAAGGCAAACCAUAAGAUGACAAGGAUCAUGUUUGAGAGUUUUAAUACACCAGGUACGUGUGCUGCUACUCAAACGGUGUUGUCACUAUGUACACUAUGUACAACUGGUAUAGUGUUGAACUUAGGUGACGGUGUGACCCACACAGUUCCGAUUUAUGAAGAUUAUGCGUUGCCUUAUACUGUUUUGCGAUUGGACUUUGCUGGUAGAGUUCUUGCCGACUUUAGGAUGAAGAUCCUGACUAAGACAGGUUGCAGUUCCUCUGUCUAUUCGUGGAACAUACUCAGGCGCAAACCACCGGACAUCGUUUUACUCUAUAGUAAGUCUAGAGUGGCACCUAUAAAACAGGCAACUGUGCCUAGACUGGAACUAACAGCGGCAGUAUUGAGUGCUAGAAUGGGGGAAGUUUUAAAUAAGAACCUUCCUCAUGUGUUUGACAAGACUCACUUCUCGAUGGAUUCUAUGAUAGCACUGUACUAUAUAAAAAAUACAGAUAGUAGGUAUUCCACCUUCGUGGCUAAUCGUCUGGCCGCUAUUCGUCAUUUAACAUCUGUGGACCAGUGGGGGCACGUAGAAUCCCAUGAAAAUCCUGCUGACUGGACAUCACGAGGCAUACGGAAGGAGCUAGAUUUAAAGAACUGGAUUGAGGGUCCUUCCUUCUUAUGGAAGAAAGAGUCUGUAGGAACACUGACGCUUAUGUGCGAAAACCCCCCGGAAAAUGUUGAAUUUAAAAGAUGCCACACGACCAACGCAGUUGCGCUAAAACAUAGCUCAAGUCCAAUUCUGCUAUAUCACUCAAAUUGGAUAAAGCUGAUUAAAGCGGUAGCAUGGCUCAGAAGAUACGUGAUCUAUGUAACCAUCAUGUACUCCCAUCACGAUGACAGGUCCCUAAGUGUGGGCUAUCUGUCAGUUGAUGAAUUGGAUGCAGCUAAACACAAGGUAUUAGCCUUAGUGCAAAAGGGAGUGUAUGGGGAAGCAGUUAAAGUGUCUCGAUAUAGUGGCGUAAGCGCAACUGUUAUAAAAGAGCUAAAAAAUCUUUCACCUACGCUAAUCGAUGGAUUGCUUUGUGUCGGCGGACGAUUAAAUUACUCGGAUUAUCCACUCUCAAUCAGACAUCCGGCAAUUUCACCCAGUCAUCACUUCGUAACAGAACUUAUUAUUAGACACCAUCAUCACCUAGAAGGUCACACCGGGACAUCACAAGUGUUAGCUACCAUACCACGAAAUUAUUGGAUUGUUAAAGGAACCAGUGCAGUUAAACGAGUGAUAGGUAGAUGUGUGAGGUGUAUACGCGCGAAGGCCACAUUAGGCCAACAGAUGAUGGCACCUCUCCCCAAGUGUCGAGUGCAGCAAGGCUGGUUUUGCUUCUCCUCCGUCGGGAUAGACUAUUUUGGGCCGUUGAUAGUGCGUCGGAGAAGAAGUGAGGAAAAAAGAUAUGGAUGCCUAUUCACGUGUCUCCAAACACGUGCCGUACAUUUGGAAGUAGCUUUCAAUUUGAGUACUGAUGCUUUUAUAAUGGCUUUAAUACGUUUCAUAGGAAGGAGAGGAACUCCUAAUGAAAUCUAUAGCGACAAUGGAACUAACUUUGUCGGGGCCACUUCCGAAUUACGGGCUAAUAUGAGUGUGUGGAACAAGCAUAGAAUAAACGACUUAACAGUAUCGAAGGGUAUACGCUGGCAUUUCAACCCCCCACUAACUAGCCAUCGGGGCGGAGUUUGGGAGAGGUUAAUACGGUCUGUUCGGGGGAUCUUACUAUUUAUUUCCAACGGGCAAAUAUUACACGAUGAUAGUUUGGCAACUUAUUUUGUGGAGGUAGAACGAAUUUUAAACAACCGCCCAAUCGUUCCUGCGACGUCAGAUGAAAAGGAUGAUUUGGUGCUCACGCCAAACACUUUGUUAUUACUAAGAGACAGUGAUGGUGCGAAUGAGAGGUGUAGUAAGAAGAGAUGUGCGAAAGCUCUGCCUUCUAGAGGGAGCCGAGUAAUUGUGGAUUGUAGCUUAGGUUUAUGGAUGUACAGGCGUACUGUUGUAAGUCCUGUGCCUCCCAUUGAUAUAGAGCAGUUAGUAAGGAGAGCCAUGACAGAAAUGUAUUCUAAGGUGUCUUUGCGUAGCUGGAGGGAUUUUGGGGGCCGGUGUAACGGAAAAAGAACAGUGAAAAUCCCUCUGCAGCUUCUUUGUUGAACAGUAUUUUCAUUUAUUUGUUCCUUCUCUCUUUUGUGUAUUCCAACCUUUGUUUCGACCUCGUUUAACCAUGUCUUUUGUUCUUCAGUCUUCCCCGUUUGAGCCUUUAUUAUGUGAUUUUGAUUAAAGACUUAUUUUGUUACCUAAUUUUCUAUUGCAUGUUGCCGGACCAUUGACAGUAAGGUUGUGUUUGACUAAGCUCAAGGUCACGGCGUGGUUCAUUUUGUGACUGUUAACCCUCUGACUGUCUGCUUGGGAGAAUUGCUGCAAUCCCUGCAGAUAGAUAUUUGAUCCCAUCUUAUUGGGAAUAUUUGUAUUGAUUCUCAGGUAUCAAACCCUUUAGUAUUAACUGUCUCUUUCAUUGUUUAGCGCGCUACUUUGCGUUAGAGAAACUUCUGACUGUAUAGCACAGGCUGUACCGUUUGAGGUAUUUUGUAUUUUUGAUGUAAUUUGUUCUGUUUUCUUAAUUAGAACCGUUUAUAUUGAGCACAGAGUUUGUGUUUUGAUAUAAUAUAAUACGAGUAUCUC